GAGAGGCGGGCCGGAGAGGAGAGCGAGGUCUUGCCUCUUGUCUUGCUGAGGCUCUUUGAUUCAGUGGCAGUGGCUGAGACAACCCCGUUACCGGCCACCGUUAACCCGUGUAACUACCAGCUUCCUCAUACUCAAGAUCAGCAGCUUGUGGUGAAGACAAGACAGAUUUCCCUGGAGGACAUCGGGUCUUUAUCGCGUCUCUGCAGCCGAAAUCAAAGAGGACAUUUGGCCCAAAACGAACUUUUACAAGAAAAAAAGGCUGCAUACUGGAUGACAACCAAGUCAGAAGAUGCACUGUGUGUGUGCUGAGCGCAAAGUCUGCCAGUCAAAGUCCGUCAGCGAGAGUUUGGCACAUAAAGGAGUACCUGCGAUGAAGAAACCCGCAAGAAGCUCCACUCGGUAAGAAGUGGAAGAGUGACAUUCAGAGAGAAGGAUCAGACGGAAGAGAGUGGAGGCCGAAGAACAAACAACCAGCGCGUCCUCAAAUGAUGGGGAUAAAGCACCUUCUGCUUCUUUUGAUUUACUUAGACCCGCUGAAUGUCCUGUGCGCCGCCACCACCAAUAAAAGAAACAAAAUCACGCCGAGGAGGAACCCAAAGGUGAAGGAGGUCAACGGCAGCACCACUGCGGUCCCGUUGGCCGCGGUCGUCCCGGGGAAGAUCACCCAGGUCCAGGCUCCCUCGGUCCAGCACGACACCUGCCUGGGCUACUACGACGUGAGCGGGCAGUACGACAAAGAGUUCUCCUGCAACAACACCGACCACCGCUUCUGCUGCGGCAGCUGCUUCCUGCGCUUCUGCUGCGCGGACCGGGGGAAGCGGCUGGAGCAGAAGAUCUGCACCAACUACAACACUCCGGACUGGAUCAAAACCCAGCCCCCUUCACCGGCGCCAACAGGCGAUACGUACGACCCGGCGCUGGACCAGACCAACACCACGGUGUACAUCACCUGCGGGGUCGUAGCGCUCAUCAUCGCCAUUGGGAUUUCUGCUAAAGUUGCCUAUGAUAAAGCCACCAAGCCGCCUCAGGAAAUGAAUGUGCACAGAGCCCUGGCAGACAUUCUGAGGCAACAAGGACCAGUUCCAGUAUCUCAGUAUGAACAUGAAAACAUUGCAGCGAUUGAUGGGUCGCCCAAAGACGAGACGCCGGUCAGAACCUCGAAGAAUCAUUACACACCUGUUCACACCAAGGCAGCAAACCACGGGCACUAUGGGAAAGAAAACCUGCGCAGCGGAGGCCAAGACUUGCACAACUACAUCUCCUCUGGGUUUGUGACACUCGGACGUGGCCACUUGAAAGCGCAGCACUCCAUAGACGAAUCGGGGCAGAUGUCCUGGCAGGGCGAUCUGGACAUCCCCAUCUCUUACGGAAACCACCACCAUGACUACCAGCACAGCCACCUGGAUCUGACUGCGCUCACACCUAAACUGGCCCACAGACAAAUGAGAUACGAGAGACCCCAGCGGAUGAACAACAUCCUGACCUCAGCCACGGAGCCCUACGACCUGUCCCUCUCCAGAUCCUUCCAGAACCUCAGCCAUCUGCCGCCCUCCUACGAGCUGGCCCUCAAGUCUGACUUAAGUAAAUACUCCUCCUCACUCCACAGAUUAAGCGAUAAGGACAUAGAUGAGUACUACACAAGGAAGCAUCAUCAUCCUGACUUCGGCGGCCGAGGACCGACCCACAUGGUGAAGCUGAAUGCAGAUCCCCAACAGCACCAACAGCACCAGCAGCACCAGCAGCACCAGCAGCGGCAGCGUCCUCGCCGAGUCCAGAGGGCCAUGUCCCAGGACCACGUCCUGUCUCCUCCCAGGACGCCACGUCGCGGGGACUAUGGCUUAUCUUCGUAUGGCGUUAUGGCGGCCGCCGCGUACAGCAGCAGCCGCCACCUCUCAGAGGAGCAGCUACUCUCAGCGGAUCGCCUCCACUCCCAGGAUCCCUUGCUGUCUCCGGCGAUGAGGCGUGACAAGUUCCGGGAGAAGGCAAUGGCACGGGCGAUGUCUCACGCCGACAUGCUGAUGCCCGUCACGCCUGUCAUGGACCGCCACAAGAUGACCAAGAUGCACUCUCAGCCCAGUGCCUCUAACGACUCCUACAACACGCUGACAGUCAACCACCAAGCGUCUACGUCUAAGAGGCAGGCGUUUGCCUCCCGACGAACACACACGGUGGACCACCUACAGUACAUUCCUGGCCACCACCAUACAUACCGCACUGCCAGUAAGAACGAGGUAACUGUUUAACCGCAGAGUGGUUAGCUGAAGGAUUCCGGAGACAUCACAGACGUCAACAGAAAUCUCCAAAGUCAGCAAGUCUCCUCAGCAGAGGUGUUCUGUCUUCUUAUUAAAACAACCUCCUACAUUAAAACUCUUCCUGCUUUUUAGCACAAGCUUUCCUGUGUCAUCCAGAAUCAACCCUGGCAAAGACAUUUCUCUCUUAGAACAUCAUAAGGGCUUUGCGCGUUGACACAAAGAGGGAUCCUUCAUGUCAGACUUUUGACAGUAUGAAGAACUUAUUUUUUAAACUGGACAUGGGACUGGAAGGGAAUUGUAUCAACUUUAUAAAUAUAUAAAUAUACUAUAUUUACUAUUUGUAUUUUCAGUCCUUGUUAUAGCUUUAGAGAUUCUCAUUGACUGAUGUAAGCACUUGAAGUGGUGCCUCUUAAAAUUGUCCCAUUUCAAUGAUGAAGUGGAUUUGUGGGUUAAAAAGCACAAUUAAUGAAUUCCCUUUUUCUGUUUGAUUUAUUUGACUCUUCUUCUUUGGUAAAUGGCCAGAACAUAUCAGCUUAUUAGUGAAAACAGAGGCUAUUUCUGUUGCAUACAAUAGAUGAUUGUAAAUAGGCUAUAUUAGCAGCAUUAAAACAAGAAAAGCUGGCCCUUUGGCAUUAUGUUAUGUUUUUUUUAUCCCACCUGGAAUCUAUCAUGGAUUCUCAAUUAGUAAUUUUAAUUUUAGAUAAGGCAAAGAUCCCACAUUGAUAUUAUUUCCACAGAUGUCUGCAUAAUAUGUGGAUGUAAUAUGUGUAUGGGGAGUAUUUUUUCUUUUUUAACUGUGCUUGUAGCAUAGAAUGAACGUGUAUGAAACAACCUUUUACCACUGUCGAUUGGCAGCUUCAGUCUCAGAAGUAAUUCCACAGGUGAAAAAGGAGCCUGAUGGUUGUUGGAAUUAGCUUAAUUUCUGUUCCCAUAUUUCCUUGCUUUGUCAUCCACGAGGAUGACCCUCCCCCGCCCACUCUGCUCGGGUAGUGAUUGGCCAGCUGCUUCCAUCUCUACAUAUCAGGUACUCGUGUCGGAGCUGAGGAGCGUAUAGGUCGUAGUUUUGUGUCCAUGUGUUGACCGAAACAAUCAAAGUACUAAAAAGGACAUCAUAAUCGCUAGUCAAUCAAGCAUUAAUUAAAACUGUGAACUGUUUGUCCAGAUGUUUUCAUUAAAGCAAUGCCUUAUUGUAUUGAAUCCUAAAUGCUCUUAAUUGAACAAUCAUGCUUUUGUCACGUCUCGUUGUCUUAGCUUUUAAAUAUUAUUGAUUAUUAUUUACCAGCAGAACCAGCAGUAAAAACCUGUACAGUGAUAGAUGAUACAGUACAUAUACCUCAAAAAGAAUAAAUUAAAUUAAUGGAGUGUCUAGUUUUAAAAGUAAAGUAAAACAAUCAGUACAUUACUAGUACUAGUACUUCUAUUGGACAGUAAUCACAUUACCUUAAUCAGCUUUGUUUUAGAUUUAUGGUCUCCAAAGUGUUUAAACAGUGCUUUGUUUUCAAUUGUUCAGUCAGAGGAACUGGAGAUUCGAGGUCUUCAAGGGUUCACUUGAUUCCUACUGAUCGAAACAUAAACCAGGACCAGAGUUGGACUGGGUCCUGGAGUUAUAUUCAGUCUAAUCGGGUCGGGUGCCACCGUAUUGUACGGGUCUCGAGUCCAUUUGUCAAUAUGUCUUAAUACCUGAGUGGAUCAGAAAGGACUCUCUAUCAGCUCUGAUCCAACGGUGGGUCAGCCGUAAUGAUGAGUUAACUGGUGGAGCAUCAUACAGCUGCCAGUCGAAGUCAUAGUUUUGAAACCCAGAAGAAAAGUCUCAAGUCUAGACGAUUGAGUCCCACGUUAUAAAAAUUGUGUUCCGUGUCCAAUUCAGUCCCAUCUCCCAAGUCAAGACAAUAAAGUCCCAUGACAAAAAAAAAACCAAUGAAUUUCUUAAUGAAUUUACCUGUUUGGGUAGAUUUAGUUUUGGACCCUUGAAGACCCUGAAGUUUCAAGUCCCAAGUCAAGAAUAUUCAGUCCCACAUUAUGAAAAGUAAAUUUCAUGUCCAGACAAUUCAGUCCCAAGUCAAGUCUCAGGUCAAUAAAGUCCCAAAUGAAAACAAUGAAGACCUAUUUUUUUCUUUCCUUUUUUAAAUUAAUUUGCCUGAUUUGAUUGAAAAUGGACUCGUGGAAAAUCAACUUAUAGUCCAACAUUUUUUACCCCUGAAUACCUUCAGUAUGAAGAUAUUUUUAUUUCUGUAGACUUCUGCACUGUUCAUUCCUAAAAUGCCAAAAAUUAUGAGCUCUCUUAGUGAUACAACUUGACCUCACUGUACAGGUAAAACAUCAGGAACAUUGCUGUUUCUCUUAUCAGAUAUUUGAGUUGUAUGCUACUGUAUAUAAAGACUUGAAUAUGAUGUUAUUUGUGAUUGGAUCUGGCUGUUUUCAGUGGCUGGAAAGCAAUGUCUCAUUACACAUAAAUUGAUGAUUAUGUUGAAAUACGCUCAUGUCUUGUUGCAUGUUUUUCUUAAGUUGACUGACUUUUGUUAUAACACUGAAUUAAUGAUUGAUGACCUUGUAGGGAUGUGGAAAGUUGGCCAAAUCAGUUCAACAAAUAAUUUCUUCAUUUCUAAAAUUGAUGUGCUACUUUCCAUUUUUAAUGCCAGGUCUGUAUUAAAUGAUGUCAAUUAGAGAUUAUUUUUUUUCAAGAUUAUUGUCUGAUAUAUAACUAAUAUAUAUUGUCUGAUAUAAUUAUUAUUUUUUUUUUACUUUUUGAGUGCUUGCUGGUAAUGAAGUACUUUGAUAGUUAUGGUUGAGGGGAGUGUUAACUGUUCAGUAGACAGCUUCAGACAGAUAUCUGUACCCUUCCACCUUGCUCGACUAAUCUUCACAAACGUCUGCUCCUUCCUGUCACUUAAUUAAUAAUGAUGUCAUCCCAAGAGCCUUUUUAUCUAUGUGCAAUAUUUCCUAUUCAUGCAGCAUAACUCUAUAGCCACUUUUUAAAAUCUUGUGAGGUUCAUUUGCUGCCAUAAAGGCUUUGUUGUCCUUUUCAUUUAGGACUGUUGUCUUUCAUAGUCAAAGAGGUUUUUUAUAUAUAUAUAAUACAGCUAAAUGUGGUAUGAAUGAAAAAGGUGUCUGUGUAAUUGCACAAAUAACUGGAGACUAAUUUAAAGGCUUCAAAACAACAAAAUAUGACUGUUCUUGUGCAUUUUCUGUUUGUUUACAAACUAUUAAAGCACAUCGUGUUGUAUACAUCAAUUUAA